AGAAUCCUGUAAAUCUGGUAUCGUCAUGGCUCUGUGAGACAGCCCUAAACAAUUGCACACACCUCUUUGCUUUAGCACUAACAGUCGCCUGAACACAAAUCUGAACACAAACUGAUUCUGUGCUGGAGAGAGAAAGAGAAAAAGUCUAUCACUGAGUGUUAAAGAUCUGAUGUGGAAAUGGCAUCGGCGGGGCUGCAGAUCCUGGGGUGUACGCUAGCUUUAAUCGGCUACAUCGGGGUGAUCAUAAUCUGUGUCUUGCCCAUGUGGCGAGUCACUGCCUUCAUCGGAAACAAUAUCGUGACGGCCCAGAUCUACUGGGAGGGCAUCUGGAUGACCUGCGUGGUGCAGAGCACAGGACAGAUGCAAUGCAAGGUCUACGAUUCCAUGCUCGCUCUGACUUCGGACCUGCAGGCCGCCCGUGCGAUGGUGGUUGUCGCACUGGUGGUGGGUCUCGCUGGGAUCUUUAUGGCCUUUGCUGCUGGCAAGUGCACCAAUAUUAUUUCUGAGGGAAAUGGCAAAAGUAGGGCAUCUAUUGCUGCUGGAGUUGUCCUUAUCAUUGCAGGAGUCCUCACCUUCAUUCCUGUGUCCUGGACAGCCAACAGUAUAACGAGAGAUUUCUACAACCCCUUACUGGUCGAUGCCCAAAAGCGUGAGCUGGGGGCUUCGCUGUACAUCGGAUGGGGAGUGCUGGGCAUCACGCUGUCUAUGAUUGGCCUGGCUGGUACCAUCAUCAUCUGCGCCUUGCCCAUGUGGAAGGUGACGGCGUUUGUGGGCACUAACAUCGUGGUGGCGCAGGUCUUCUGGGAAGGUCUGUGGAUGACAUGUGUUUACGAGCACACGGGCCAGAUGCAAUGCAAGCUGUACGACGCUCUGCUAGACCUGGACCCGACAUUGCAGGCCUCACGUGGUCUCGUGGUCACCACCAUGGCAAUUGCAUGUCUCGGGUUCCUCAUCUUCCUGCUAGGAGCCGAGUGCACCAACUGUCUCAGCAAUCCACGGGCCAAGGCGAGGAUCGUGGUGGCAUCAGGGAUCACUUUCAUGCUCUCUGGACUUGGCACCGCAAUUCCUGUUUCCUGGACGGCUGACAUGAUCAUCAGGGACUUCCAUAACCCUAUAGUGCACGAGGCUCUGAAGAGAGAGAUGGGUGCUGCCAUAUAUGUGGGCUGGGUGACGGCCGGGUUGUUGUUCAUCGGAGGGGCAAUUCUCUGCACCAGCUGCCCACCAGAGAGGGUCAAACAUUUCUCCAGGUAUACGGCAACAAAGUCAGGCACACAAAGCAGCUAUGCCUUUAAGAACUAUGUGUGAGGUUAAAACUUCAUCACUGAGAUUAAAAUAAAGGCACCUUCAUAUCACAAAAGGACAUUGUUAUUGUAAUGUUGUGGAAUGUUACACGAUAGCAAUUACUCAGUUUCUCCUCAAAAUCUUUUGGGUUUUUUUGCCAUUCGGUCAGCUUUAAUUUAUUUUAUUUUAUUUUUUUUAUUUUUACACUUUAUGUCUUUCUAUGAAACCAUAUUAAAGUAUAUGACAUAUUUACAGUCCAACUUUUGUGUAGAAUUGUGUAAGGAUCCCUAAAAUGUUCUACUUUUAAGUCCAAAUUCAUUUUAUUACCGUAAACGAUUCAUCUGGUGAUGAAUCGUUUCAAAGAUUCAUUUCAAAGGCAUAGUUUUACGGCUCUAAACAUUUAAUAGUUUUUUCCUUUCUUUUUUAUUUUGUAGAAUAAACUUAAAUUCUUGUCCUUAUGUGAAUUAUUUUAGACGUGCUGUUAGAUUUGUUGUUAGAUAUCAGUACAAUUUUAAAGUGGCACUGAUUACAGUUUAUUUUUAAGGAAUCCAUGAAAGAAUCCUGAUUUUCUUCUUCCACAUAUUAAAGUUUAUUUUGACUCAGUU